AUGAUACGGGUCCUAGCUGGUCUAACAAGUUUCAAUGCCAUUGACAUUUCUGAAUCCAGACAUCAUCAAACAGAUGGUCAUAUUGAUCUCAGUAUCCAGAACUUCAAACGCAAACUUCGAGAACACAUUCCAGUUUGUACUUCUCUUUGUACCUCUUCUUCCAGAUUGUAUUUUAAAGCAAACUGUUUCCUUUCAGCAUUGAGUCUCAGAUAUAUGACAAUGCCAUCAUUCAACCUGUUUGGAUAUUUCAUCUUAUUUGGUCUUUAUUUUAACUGCUUUAGUGCCCUAACUGUGACAGACGAUCCAAUCAUUUCAGGAUAUGACUGCUCAGAUAUUUGGCUUAGAAACCAAAGCUCUGUCAGCGGCGUUUACAUAAUUAAACCUAUUGGAGCCACAAAUUCAUUCGAGGCUUUCUGUGAAAUGAAGGCGGACGGUGGCUUGAGUCUAAUCCAAAGUCACAAUGGAAAUGAUCAAUUGCCCUUCGACACAGAUUGGAAUGACUACAAAGAGGGAUUUGGAACUCUAACUGGGGAACAUUGGCUGGGACUUGAGAAAAUGUAUCUGCUGACCCAUCAGGGUUCCAGAGCUGCAGACCUGCUUAUCACCCUGGGAGACUUUGAUAAAUCAGAGGCUUCUGCGCUAUACAGCCCUUUUACCAUCGGCUCCGAGGACACGCAGUACAAGAUAUCGCUGGGAAACUAUUCCGGGAAUGCAGGUACGGGGUCUGACGAUUUCUGUAAUUCCUUCUUUGUUAACACUGUCCGACGUAUUCACUAA